AUGUCAGAAAUAUUUUUUCUUAAAGUAAUAACUGAAAGUAAUAAAAGAUUUAUAAUAAAAGCUGACCCAGAAAGUACUAUUAACAGUCUUAUAGAUCUCAUUAAAAGAUAUUUUGCACACUAUUAUAGCUUAAAAUAUUUUAUUAAAUACAUUUACACACCAGAUAAAUUUGCAAUUUUGGAUAAUAUGCCUAUUAAAUACUUUUUUAAUACUGGAGAUAUUUGUUACAUUAAAGGAAAUGAACAAGAUGGUAAAUUGGGUUUUUUAGAAGGAUUGGUUACUAAGAUUAAUUAUGAUCAAAUACAAAAUAUAAAUAAAUCUGUUGCUGUAAUGAAAGAAGGACCUACAAUUUUAAGUUCACAAAAAACUGUUAAACCGUUGAAUGCUAAAAAUUUUUGUGGUGAAAACGAACGCUUAACUAAUGAAACGAAUGUGUUGGAAAAUAAGCAAGAAAACAAGAUCGAUAGUCCAAAUAAAAAGAAAAAUAAAAAGGAUGCAAGAAAUUAUAAUAUAAAAAAUGGUAUUAAUCCUAAUCUGAUUAUUAAUGAUACAAAUAAACACAAAAUCUAUUCAAAAGGAGAAUUUGCUACUAAAAAAAUUUCUAAUGUAAUUGAAAGUCCAUUAAGUAAACCUAUCGAAGUAUCUAAUGACACAGACAAUAAAAUAAAUUUGACAGAAGAAAAUAAACAAGAUCUUGAUUUGAAAGAAAAAAAUACGCUUUUUAUUUUAGAAAAUAUUAAUGAUAAACCAAAAGAAAAACCUGUUAUAGAAAUUAAGGGAAUAAAACAAGUCAAGAAAAAAAAGAAAAUUAAUUACGAUGAAUUAUAA